CGGGCAACCAAGGACGCGGUGGGCACGCGGGGCCUCCGGCCACUAUUUAAAGGCCGCGCCGCCCGCGCCCGCUCAGUCCCGCCGGGUCCCGGGCCCGACGGGGAAGCGCCUGGGUGGGGAGGGAGCCGCCAGCCUUACCCAGCCCCAGCCCACCUGGGCCGGACCGCUCGGGGGCGCAGGACGAGAGACUGCGGAGCAAGCGCGAGCGAGCGAGCGAGCGGAGCGGACGGAGACCGGCACGUGCUGCCGCCGCGCAGGCGGACGAGGCUCUGCACACCCGAGGCUCUGCACACCCUCGGCUCGGGCCAAACGACCGCAGCUUCCGGGGCGCUUCCGCUUCCACCUCCCCGAGCUCCGUGAGCGAUGACCCAGACCCUCUACACACGGGAGGAGCCUCGUAACCUGGGCGGCGGCUGGGCGCCCCCCGCCCCGUUGCGCACCUGGUCCACCUGCCACCGAAGGCGCAGGGGCGCCCCGAUUUACAAGCGGCGCCGCCGCUACGGCCCCAAGUCUGAGUAUGAGCCCCCCUGGAAACAGCCGAAGCAGCAGCACGGCCCGGGCCCGUGGUUCCAGCCACCCCGACGGCCCUACUGGGCCGUGUCCCCUAACGGGGGGCGCCGCGGGGGGCCCUGGCGCCCGCCCCCCGGGGGCUUCUGGCGGCGGCCCGGCCGCGUGCAAGUGAUCCGGGUGUACGGCCUGCACCCCGUCUGCCUGUGCUGCUGCUCGUGCUGGCGCGGGCCCUGGAAGCGCGGCUGGGCGCGGCCCCCGGGCAGGAGGAAGCGCUGGGGCCGCCGGGGUCGAGGCCCGCGCCGCCCGCCUCGCCGCCCCUCCCCGCCGCGCCCGCCCGCCGCGCUGAGCACCCUGCUCCGGCCCGUCAACCUGUACGGGUGGCGCGCGCCGGGCAUGCGGGCGCCGCGCAACACCACGCAGUUCAUCAUGAACCAGAUCUACGAGGACAUGCGGCAGGAGGAGCUGGAGCGCCAGCAGGAGGCGCUGCGGAGGCAGCAGGCCGCCCCCGGGGGCUCCUCCCAGAGCGACGAGGAGGAGGGGGAGGAGGACCAGGAGGAGGAGGAGGAGGAUCAGGAGGAGGAGGAGGAGACAGAAGAGGAGGCCGUGGAGGAGGAGGAGCCGAGAGAGGAAGAGAACCAUUUACCUCUGCAAAUGCCUUUGUCGUUCCUAGUGGGGCCCGAGGAAGAGAGAGAGAACUUUCUAAACUGUGCUUAUUUAAGCCCCAAGCAGAUCAUUCCUAGAGUGGCCCAGGAAGCCCUCCUCGUGGUUGAGACAUUAACUGUUAGCAGGAAAAGGAUUGAGGAUGGGAUGGAACUGAUGUGAGGCUAAAAUGGAAUAGCCACUUAUUGAAAACCAGUUCCAAAAAAAAAAAAAAAAAAGAGUUCCAUUAAUAAACAUACCAGUGGAAACCCCUUCUUUGGCCAUCAUAAAA